UCGGAUAAGUGCUAUCACUCAUAUCAUCUAGAGAAACCUAUCGUGACAUUUCCGAUUUCCAACUUCUAACUUCCAACCACGAUUUAAGAUAUAAUUGUGCUUCCAACCACGACAGUGAUAAUGAUAGUAUCGCGCGGGUCGAGUGACUGCUUCUGCUAAUCUACUCACUGCUGCAGUGGCCCGGUCGCCGUUGCACUCAUGACUAAAUACGGCGUCCAUCUUCAUCGUUUGUUUGUCGUCUUCGCCUACUGCCUACUGCCUAGUCGAGUUGAGCCUGUACCAGAGUGAAGGCGAGUUUUAAUCAUAAUUCGUGAAAUGGGCAAAGUCGAGGGCUCCACCAAGAAAUCAAGCAAUUCUGGUUCCUUGUGGGAUUUUAUCAGUGUAGAAUUUAAGCGUGGCUAUUCUCUAGAAAAUGACGAAAAAGAAUUUUCAGAUAGGAGAGAAAAAGUGUAUACUUUUAUGAAAAUACCCUUAGAAGUAGAACGAUUCAUGUUCUAUGGCUUUUGUCAGUGUGCAGAUUCAUUCCUAUUUGUUUAUACAUUCCUACCAUUACGGGCGUUAGUAGCAUUAAAAUCAUUAAUUUGUAGCUCCUUAUCAAAAUUUAAGGACAAACGUAAAAAAAAACGAUUAUCUGCAGCAGAGACAUGUGACUUAUUAAAGAUGGCCGUACUAAUAACAUGUUCGAUGAUGUUAUUACCAUGGGAUACGUCAAUGAUGUAUCAUGUAAUUAAAAGCCAAUCGGUUAUUAAGUUGUAUAUAUUUUUUAAUAUGUUAGAGGUCGGAGACAGGUUAUUUUCAUCAUUUGGUCAAGACAUUUUAGAUGCAUUAUUUUGGACCGCUACUGAACCAAAGACUAGCCGGCGUGAACACUUUGGAGUUUUACCACAUUUUAUCAUUGCUGUGUUUUAUGUCUUUUUACACAGUAUACUUGUAUUAUGCCAAGCUACCACAUUGAAUGUCGCCAUUAAUUCUAGUCACAAGGCAUUACUAGCAAUCAUGAUGUCCAAUAAUUUUGUAGAGUUGAAAGGAAGUGUAUUCAAAAAAUUUGACAAAACAAACUUGUUCCAAUUAUCGUGCAGUGAUGUCCGUGAACGGUUUCAUCUGUUCAUAUUAUUACUAAUAGUUGUAGUGCAAACAAUGAAAGAAUAUCAAUGGACUAGUGAAUCAUUUUGGGAGUUAAUGCUUGACUGCAUGUAUGUCAUGAUAUCGGAAAUGUUAAUUGAUUGGACAAAACAUGCAUUCAUUACUAGAUUCAAUGAAAUAAACUUGUCAGUGUACAGUGACUAUGUAUUGAGCUUUGCUUAUGACACUGCACAGUCACGUCAUAAAAAGGCGUUUACUGAUCACUCGGAUUUGGUUGCAAGGCGAAUGGGCUUCAUCCCAAUUCCACUGGGUGUAGUUAUGAUUAAGGUUCUAACUAGAUGUGUGUCUAUUGAUGGAAGACUAGCUUCCAUAAUUCUACUCAUUUUUACAUUUACAUGUCUAGUCACAUUGAAAAUUGUUAAUCUAGUCUAUAUACUAGGAAGAGCUUGCAAGUUGAUAGACCUCCACAAAACGUCUUUAAUAAAAAAUCAUCACAUUAUAAAUGGUAUAAGCUGUCAAGACAUGGCGACUAGUCCAAUGAGACCACCAAUCCGUAAAAAGCAGUCUUGGAGUGACAACAAAGAAAAUAAACCUUCACCACUGAUUGAAGUGCCGCCAUUGGGACCUACACCAAUGUUUGCUAAUAGCAAUGUUGAUAUAAAGGAGGCAUGCCUUAAUACACAAAUAUUAGAAGACAUUAUGGAAUCCGAUUUGACGCAUAGUGACUCUGAUUUAAACUUAUCUAUGAUUCGAGAUGCUGAUACACUGAGCACAAAAUCAGCUUGAACAAUCAUUAUAAUAUAUAAAUAACAAUUUUUUUUUCAUACCAUUGUAUAUGUGGAUAAUAAGACUGCAAAAGGGAAUAUUAUUAUUUUUAAACCAUUAAUUGUUAAAAAGUGAUAACACAACAAAUUCUACAAAUUCAAUUGUAUUUAUUAUAAUAUUGUUAUGACACGGUAUCCAUAACAACUUACUAUAUUGUUACCAUGCACAUUUGUGAUGGCCAUGUUUCUAUAAUGUUAUUUUAUAUUCUAUAAGGUUCAUAACCUUUGAAUAUUAUGUUUUGUUUUUUAUUGUUUUACUAUUGUAUUAUUGUUAAUUUUUUCUGUAAAAAUUGAAUUAAAAUGUCAAAAAUUGCUGAUGGAAAUUACACUACAGUUAUUUACACAUUGGUAAAUCAAAAAAUAAAACUAUAAAAAAAGUUGA